CGCUCCUGCACGGGAGCAGUGCGGGCUGCUGAGCACUGAGCUCGGAUCUGAUGAGGGAUUCACACCCGGCAUUUCCCCUCUCUGGAUGGAAUGUUGCUGGUAACUCUCUUCCUGCUGUGUUCAGUGCAGACAGCUUGCUCUGAGGAUGCCAGCACAAGUUUAUACUUUGUGAACACUUCUUUGCUGCAGAUCACAUUCUCCAGCACAGUGGGGGUGUUCAUCCCCUGCCCUGCAGCUGGAUCACCCAGCGCCACCCUCCGAUGGUACCUGGGGACAGGAGAUGACAUUUAUGAUGUGCCUCACAUUAGGCACGUCCACGCCAAUGGCACACUCCAGCUGUACCCCUUCUCUCAGUCCGCUUUCAAUAGCUUUAUACAUGAUAAUGACUAUUUCUGUACAGCAGAGAACUCCGCUGGAAAAAUCCGGAGUCCAAACAUCCGUGUCAAAGCUGUUUUCAGGGAGCCGUACACAGUGCGCGUGGAGGACCAGAGCGCCAUGCGUGGAAGUGCGGCUGUAUUCAAGUGCCUCACUCAACCCUCCGUGCAGGAGUAUGUGAGUGUCGUGUCCUGGGAAAAGGAUACUGUAUCCCUCAUAUCAGAGGGGAGAUUUGUCACCUCACCAUCAGGUGCACUUUACAUCCUGGAUGUACAGAAGGAGGAUGCCCUAUCUACUUAUCGUUGCAUCACUAGACAUCGAUAUAGUGGAGAGACACGACAAAGCAAUGGAGCGCGUCUCAUAGUGUCAGAGCCUGCAGAGUCUGUCCCCAUUCUCCUCGAUGGAUUCCAUUCCCUAGAGGUGUUUGUGGGGGAUAAAGUGGAGCUACCAUGCAUUGCCUCAGGAUAUCCAAACCUAGCCUCUCGUUGGAUUAAAGAUGGCCGCCCUGUUCCCUCUGACAGUCGUUGGAGUAAACGUAAUACAGGUCUAAGUAUGACAGACCUACGCCUGGAAGACAGUGGAACCUACAUUUGUGAAAUCACGAACAGCUUUGGUUCUGCGGAAGUCACUGGCACAUUGACCGUCAUAGAAAAGCUCCGAGUAACUUUAUCACCCAAGAAACUGAAAACAGGGAUUGGCAGUACAGUUAUCCUAUCCUGCUCUAUCAGCGGAUCACCGGGAUACACUGUGAGAUGGUACCGGAAUACCGAGCCCAUUGAAGCUGAUGAGUUUAUUUCUAUACGAGGGACAGAUAAUGAAACACUGGUGAUAAGCAGCGCGCAAAAAAUACAUUCGGGAGCAUACCAAUGUUUUGGGAGCCGUAAAAUGCAAACUGUCCAAGACUUUGCAAUUGUGGUGCUAGAAGAUGGGACACCUCGCAUCCUUUCUUCAUUCAGUGAAAAAGUCAUGAACCCAGGGGAGCCAUUUUCUCUUAUGUGCUCCGCCAAAGGAGCUCCUCCCCCUACCAUAAGUUGGACCCUGGACGAUGAACCCAUCCAGCGGGAUUCAGGUCACCGCUCCAAUCAAUACACUGCUUCAGAUGGCAGCACCAUGAGUUACAUGAACGUGAGCAGUCCACAGAUUUUGGAUGGUGGUGUGUACAGAUGUUCCGCACGAAACUCUGUGGGGACUGCAGAAUACCAAGCUCGAAUAAACGUAAGAGGACCGCCUAGUAUCCGUCCUAUGAAGAAUCUGACAGCAGUAGCUGGAAGAGAUAGCUUCAUUCAUUGCCGGGUAAUUGGGUAUCCAUACUACUUCAUCAGUUGGUACAAGGACUCUCUUCUGCUGCCCGAUAACCACAGGCAGGUGGUAUUCGAGAAUGGGACCCUGAUGCUCAGUGAUGUACAGAAGGGAAGCGAUGAAGGCGAAUACCUGUGCAGCGUCCUCAUUCAGCCCCAGCUUUCUAUCAGCCAGAGCGUCCAUAUCACCGUAAAAGUACCCCCAUUGAUUCAGCCCUUCGAGUUCCCUCCUGCAUCCAUCGGACAGCUCCUUUAUAUUCCAUGUGUGGUGUCCUCCGGAGAUAUGCCAAUUCGUAUCACAUGGCGCAAGGAUGGACAGGUUAUUAUCUCGGCCUCUGGCAUCACUAUUGAGACUAAGGAAUUUAUGAGCUCCCUGCAGAUCUCCAAUGUGUCCCUCAAACAUAAUGGCAAUUACACCUGCAUAGCAAGUAAUGAUGCGGCCACGGUGAGCCGGGAGAGGCAACUGAUAGUGCGAGUGCCCCCCAGAUUUGUUGUUCAGCCAAACAACCAAGACGGAAUUUAUGGCAAAGCUGGAGUCUUGAAUUGUUCUGUCGAUGGCUAUCCACCUCCGAAAGUGGUCUGGAAACAUGCCAAAGGUAGCGGGAACCCCCAACAAUACCACCCUGUGCCACUCACUGGCCGGAUCCAGAUUCUGCCUAACAGCUCCUUACUUAUUCGUCAUGUACUUGAAGAGGAUAUUGGGUAUUACCUGUGCCAAGCCAGUAAUGGUGUGGGCACAGACAUCAGCAAGUCAAUGUUCCUUACAGUGAAAAUUCCUGCCACCAUCACCUCUCACCCCAACACAACCAUUGCAAUCAAAGGUCAGACAAAGGGUCUAAACUGCACAGCACGAGGAGAACGCCCCAUUAUUAUCCGCUGGGAAAAAGGGGACACGGUAAUAGAUCCGGACCGGAACCUGCGUUACGUGAUUGCCACCAAAGACAGCGGAGAUGAAGUUAUAUCAACUCUGACGCUUAAGCCAGCUGAACGGGGAGACUCUGUGUUUUUCUCUUGUCAUGCCAUAAAUUCCUAUGGAGAGGACCGGGGCCUUAUUCAGCUCACUGUACAAGAACCUCCAGACCCACCUGAACUGGAAAUUCGCGAAGUAAAAGCUCGCAGCAUGAACCUGCGUUGGACUCAGAGGUUUGAUGGAAACAGCAUCAUCACUGCAUUUGAUAUUGAAUACAAAAAUAAGUCAGACACCUGGGAUUUCAAGCAAUCCACUCGGAAUAUUUCCCCGAUUAUCAACCAGGCUAACAUAGUGGAUCUGCACCCAGCAUCCGUUUACAGCAUACGAAUGUAUUCCUUCAAUAAGAUUGGCCGCAGCGAGCCAAGUAAAGAGCUCACUAUCAGCACUGAAGAAGCAUCUCCUGAUGGACCACCAAUGGAUGUUACACUUCAGCCCUUGACGUCACAGAGUAUACAAGUUACCUGGAAGGCACCAAGAAAGGAAUUACAGAAUGGUGUGAUCCGUGGGUACCAGAUCGGAUAUAGAGAGAAUGGGCCAGGUAGUAAUGGCCAGUACAGUAUUGUGGAAAUGAAAGCUACUGGUGAUGGAGAGGUGUACACUUUGGACAACAUGAAGAAGUUUGCCCAGUAUGGUGUGGUUGUCCAAGCCUUUAACAGAGCAGGAACAGGACCUUCUUCCACUGAGAUAAAUGCCACUACAUUAGAGGAUGUGCCAAGUCAGCCUCCAGAGAAUGUACGUGCUCUUUCCAUCACAUCUGAUGUAGCAGUGAUUUCUUGGUCGGAGCCACCUCGAAGUUCUCUCAAUGGGGUUCUUAAGGGUUACAGAGUCAUCUACUGGUCACUUUAUCCAGAUGGAGAAUGGGGAGAAAUGCAGAAUAUAACUACUCCCCGGGAGCGUGUGGAGCUGAAAUCACUUGAGAAGUUCACCAAUUAUAGUGUACAAGUCCUGGCCUACACCCAAGCAGGGGAUGGAGUACGCAGCAGUGUGUUGUACUUGCAAACCAAGGAGGAUAUCCCAGGCCCCCCUGCAGGAAUUAAAGCUGUACCAGCCUCCUCAAGCAGUGUUGUGGUUUCCUGGCUACCUCCAACUAAACCAAAUGGCAUUAUUCGUAAAUAUACCAUAUUCUGCUCUGUGCCCGGAUCUGGUCAGCCUGUGAGUUUCAGUAACUUACACAGUCUUUUGUUGGCUCCUAGUGAAUAUGAGACCAGUCCCGAAUUUCUGCAUUAUCGGAUUAUGCACCUCCUCCGAGGGCAGCAGUACAUGCUCUGGGUAGCGGCUGUGACAUCAGCUGGACGAGGCAAUGUGAGUGAAAGGGUGAUGAUUGAGCCAGCAGGAAAAGCUCCGGCCAAAAUUAUAUCGUUUGGGGGCACAGUGAGUACGCCUUGGAUGAAGGAUGUCCGCCUGCCAUGCAGUUCUGUAGGAGAACCAGCUCCAGCCAUAAAAUGGACUAAAGACAGUGACGACUCUGCUAUUCCAGUGGCAAUAGAUGGGCAUAGAGCUAUUCACCCAAAUGGCACUCUCACCCUGCGAUCUGUCAAAGCAGAGGAUUCUGGAUACUACACCUGUACAGCCACUAACACUUUGGGUUUUGACACGAUAAUUGUUAAUCUCUUAGUGCAAGUUCCCCCUGACCAGCCUCGCCUCACAGUGUCUAAAUCUUCAGCUUCUUCCAUAACAUUGGCAUGGAUCCCAGGAGACAAUGGUGGAAGUUCUAUAAGAGGUUUUGUCCUGCAGUACUCUGUAGAUAAUGGAGAAGAGUGGAGGGAUGUUUUUAUCAGUUCCUCUGAGCGAUCAUUCCGCCUGGAGAACUUACGAUGUGGAACUUGGUACAAAGUGAAGCUGGCAGCCAAGAAUAGUGUUGGGGCUGGAAGAAUCAGCGAAAUCAUUGAGGCCAAGACUCAUGGGAGAGAGCCAUCUUUUAAUAAAGACCAGCCCCUUUUCACUCACGUGAACUCCACGCAUGCUCGGCUAAACCUCCAUGGGUGGAAUAGUGGAGGAUGCCCCAUUACUUCAGUAAUCUUAGAGUAUCGUCCCAGAAAUAGCUGGCAAUGGCAGAGUCUGAAGGCUAAUGUUACAAGUGAUGUCUUCCUGACGGACCUCCGAGAGGCCACCUGGUAUGAGCUGAAGAUGAGGGCGUGCAACAGUGCUGGAUGUGGGAAUGAGACUUCACAGUUUGCAACAUUGGACUAUGACGGGAGUACUAUUCCACCAAUAAAGUCAGCACAAGGUGAAGGUGAUGAUGUGAAGAAACUAUUUUCUAUCGCCUGUCCUGUCAUCUUGGCCACAUUGGGAGUAGCCCUUUUGUUUAUUAUACGUAAGAAGAGGAAAGAGAAGAGAUUGAAGAGAUUGAGAGAUGCAAAAAGUCUGGCAGAGAUGCUAAUAAGCAAAAAUAAUCGGAGCUUUGACACACCGGUGAAAGGUCCACCUGCUGGACCGAGAUUGCACAUUGAUAUUCCCAGGGUACAACUUCUCAUUGAAGAUAAAGAGGGUGUCAAGCAGCUUGCAGGUGACGAUAAAGCAACAUUGCCCGUGACAGAUCCUGAAUUCAGCCCAACUGUGAAUCCGCAAAGUUUCUGCACUGGAGUUUCCUUACAUCACCCUGCACUGAUACAAAAUACUGGACCACUCAUUGACAUGUCCGACAUUAGACCGGGAACAAAUCCAGUUUCUCGGAAAAGUGUAAAAUCUGCUCACAGUACCAGGAACAGAUAUUCAAGUCAGUGGACACUCACCAAGUGCCAGAGUUCUACCCCAGCAAGAACUUUGACCUCUGACUGGAGGACUGUUGGUUCUCAACAUGGCAUUACUGUGACUGAGAGUGAUAGUUACAGUGCCAGUCUUUCUCAGGACACAGAUAAGGGUCGCAACAGCAUGGUCUCCACAGAAAGUGCAUCCUCCACGUAUGAAGAACUAGCACGUGCCUAUGAGCAUGCCAAGCUAGAAGAGCAGUUACAGCAUGCCAAGUUUGAGAUAACAGAGUGCUUCAUAUCAGACAGUUCCUCAGAUCAAAUGACUACUGGAACCAAUGACAAUGGAGAUAGCAUGACCUCCAUGAGCACUCCCUCUGAGCCAGGCAUCUGCCGCUUUACUGCUUCCCCUCCCAAACCACAGGACAGUGAUCCAACCAAGAAUGUGGCUGUGCCCAUCCCCCACAGAGCAAAAAGUGAAUAUUGCAACCUUCCCAUGUACAUGAAAUCUGAUCCCCACUUUCGUAAGCCAGACCCCCAUGACUCUUGUCCAGUGGUGCCACCAAGGGAGGCAUCUAUGCGCAAUUUAUCUCGGGGUUAUCACUCCCGCCAUCUUACUUUGGAGCCAGGUACCAAGCCUCCACCUGGUCUAUCACACCAAGCCCCAUCAAGUGUGAAUUUACCUCAGCGGACUCUACACAUGUCUGGGGCAUCUGCCUCUGCCCCGUCAGCCCCAGCAGCUACAGCACCCUCUGCCCCUGCUGAUCCUGCUGCAUCUGCUGGACCUUUAGAAAAUCGCCUGCCUACCCAACACAGCAAAAUGGGAGGUUCCCGGGACUCUUUGCUGGAAAUGAGCAGCUCUGGAGCUGGUCGGGCACAAAAACAAGGAGCUGGAGCCUACUCCAAAUCUUACACUUUGGUCUGACGCCUAUCCAUGCAAACACAUCCCUCCCCACUUAUUCACAGACUGCAAAGACCCUUCCCCAUCCGCAGUGUCUUGGCUGUAUUUCUAUAUUUUGAAAAACAUUUAAAAAGAAAAAAAACACAAAGGACGAAUGAAGAAUUUAACAAAAACUUGGUGAUAAAAGACACAUUUUUGUAUGAAAAAUAGCUAUUUUCUUCUUCGGGAUAAAAAAAAAAAAAUAUGACAAGAAACCUGUAUUUUAUCUGUAGAAGGGUGAAAAGAGAGAGUGUGAGAAUAGGAUGAGUGCAAAGUCAUCUGGGUGAGUGUGCUGUGUGUGGGAGGGUGUUGGAGAAUAAUGAAGAGCUACAUGUUAAUACAAAUUUGAAGAUACAUACAAAUUUACGUGACCUUUAAAGUGAACCUGUCACCCACUUCGAAAGCCAUAUCUGGUGUUUUCAGCCCAAUAAAGAAUUUCUAUGAA